AUGUCCGACCCUGAGGUCCACCCCGUCACCUCCCAAGUCAGAGUCGAUGAUUUGCACAUCCAGUCGGUCAUGUCCAACAAGGACAUUGUCUUGAACAUCGACCACGCUGUCGAGGCCGACGAGGCCAUGAUCUUGGCCUUGGGCUACAAGCAGGAGUUCAAGCGUGAGUUCACGGGGCUCUCCGUGUUUGCCGUGAGUUUCUCCGUCUUGGGGCUUCUACCUUCCGUCGCUGCCACUUUCGAGUAUCAACAAAUGGUGGUGGGCUGUUCGCCUGUGCCGUGGCUUUUGGCCAUUUUGGGCGUCACCGCCGUGGCCUACUCCAUGGCCGAGGUGGCCUCGGCGUUCCCCACCUCCGCUGGAACCCCGUACGCUGUGUCCCAGCUAGCGCCCAAGAAAUGGGCCCCGUUUUUGACCUGGGUCACUUGUUUCUCCAACUGGAUGUGUCAGAUCACCGCCGCCCCCAGUUGCAACUACAGCGGCGCCUCCAUGAUCCUCGCCUUGGCCUCCUUUGGCUCCGAAUACGUGCCUGAACGCUGGCACGUCUACCUCUUGACUACCGCCAUCAAUGUUGUCCACGCUGUCUUGUCGAGCAUGCCCACCAAGUACUUGGCCUGGUUCAACAACAUGAGCACCACCGUCAACAUGCUUUUUUUGGCCGUUGUGUUUGUCAUUAUCUUUGCUGCCAACGAUAGACUCGGCAUGUACAACGGCGACGUUGCCAAGUUCAACCCCAACGGCAUGGCCUGGGGGUUCGAUAACCAGACCGACUUCCCCACCGGCGUGGCCGUUUUGGUGUCUUUUAUGGGUGUCAUCUGGGCCAUGUCCGGCUACGACUCCCCGUUCCAUUUGGCAGAGGAGUGCUCCAACGCCGCAGUGGCGGCUCCUAGAGCCAUCUGCUUGACCUCCACGAUCGGCGGUGGCAUUGGCUUUAUUUUCAUGAUUGCCAUUGCUUACACCGUGGUGGACGUGGACCAGAUUUCCGAGGAUCCUUUGCAACUAGGCCAGCCGUUUGUCACCUACCUCACCCAGUUUCUCCCCCGUGCCUGUGUUGUUGCUUGUACAGCCUUGACCAUCGUCUCGUCCUUCUUCAUGGGCUGCUCGUGCAUGAUGGCAGCCUCCCGUGUCACCUACGCCUACUCCAGAGACCGUCUUUUCCCGCUCUCGCAAUACUGGAAAAUCGUGAGCCCUUGGACCCACACUCCCAUCAACGCCGUGUGGAUCAACAUGUUCUUGGGCCAGCUUUUCUUGCUUCUUUUGUUUGGCGGCGAAACAGCCAUUGGCGCUAUUUUCUCUGUGGGUGGUAUUUCGGCCAUCAUCUCCUUCAUCAUGCCCACCAUCUUGAAGCUCACCUAUUCCAGAAAAACCUUCCGCCCCGGUCCCUGGAACUUGGGCUGCAUGUCCUUCCCUGUGGGCAUUGUUGCUAUUGCAUUCGUCAUCACCAUGAUUCCGUUCUUGUGCUUCCCAACUUCGGCUGGUCUGAACCUUACCCCCGACGCCAUGAACUGGACCGUGCUUGUGUUUUUCGGGCCCAUGCUUGUAUUUAUCAUCUGGUUUGCCGUGGACGCCCAUAAGUGGUACAUUGGUCCCAGACCUAAUGUCGACGAGUACAUCAACCAACUGGAUUCAGAGAAUGUGGAGAUUUACAACGGCGUCAAGCGCCAGUCCUCUGGCAGCACCGACGACAGAAAAUCCUGA